AAAGCAAGGGCUGUGGUCUAGCUGCCUCUGGUGCUGUGCUUGUACAAUGUGUGUGUUACUGGGACCCUGAGCAAACAGCAGAAAUCGCCAAAUACACAGGGGCAGUGACAAGAGGCUUAAGCCACUGGAGAAUCUCUCUGGUUUGCAAAAGCUCCUAGACCACCGGUAACAACCUAUGGCCUAUGGGGACAUCAAAAACAAGUGUAGACUGGCCUGGAGACUGUGGAAUCUCCCAUUUCUCACCAAAUAUAGCUGGAAGGAUCGUAUCUGGAAAUGAAGCUCGGCCACAUUCAUGGCCUUGGCAGGUCUCUCUACAGGUGCGUCCCAGAGGGAGCAGGUCCUUCAGCCAUGUGUGUGGAGGGACCCUUGUUCACAAAAACUGGGUUCUGACUGCGGCGCAUUGCUUUCAGAAGGGGAAAGCAGAGGACACUGGGAACUGGCGUAUUGUCCUUGGGAAACACAAUCUGAACCGCACAGAGAAGACUGAGAAAGUCUAUCGAGUAAAGAGAAUUUACAGGCAUGAGCGCUUCCGGUACCCCACCCUCAACGAACUGGACUACGACAUUGCUCUGGUCAGGUCAGCUACAGAUAUUCCCCAAUCCAACUUUAUCCGAUAUGCCUGCAUGCCCACAAAAGCCAGUGUCCUGAAGCCUGGCCAUCACUGCUGGACCACAGGCUGGGGAGACACCAGAGGACGAAAGGAUAAUGUGACACUGUCUGAAGUUUUGAACCAAGCCAAGCUGCCGGUGAUCGACCACCACACCUGCAAACUGAAGAAAUACUGGGGUGACCGAGUGCGGAAAACCAUGAUUUGCGCUGGGUUCAAGGACACCGAGGGACACCCUGCUGCCUGCCAGGGGGAUUCAGGUGGGCCUUUGCUCUGCCAGAUUCAUUCAGAUAAGUGGGAAGUGCAUGGUGUUGUCAGCUUCGGACCAAUUGGUUGCACAGUGGAGAACAAGCCCAGCGUGUUUACCCGAAUCAUAACGUACAUCCCCUGGAUGGAGACAACAAAGAUAAGAGAUUACUUCCUACACUGAAGGAGAAUAGUGUGCAGCCUAAAAUCAUUACUUUA